UUGUCUCGUGAUCUGUGUAGUGGGUAUUUAUUGUUUUCGAUACCUUUUUAAAUAAAAUAAAAUAAUAUUUAAUAAUUAAUAACUUGUGAAAGAAUUAAUAGUGUGCAGCGAGCAAAAGUAUAAAAUUAUUAUUUUAAAUACCAAUUACUAAUGUUUUAAGAAAAUACCUAGUCAGUUAUCGGAUGAAUUAAGAAGUAUACAAAAAAUUCCUUGAUAUUUAAGACUGAAAUGGGUCUGAAUAUGCCUGAAGAUACAGUAAUUAUGGGUAAGCAGUUGAAAUGGGGUAUUGCCGGUGUCGGCAUGAUCGCGCAUGACUUCUUGACGGCGAUGGCUUCUUUGCCGGCGGAGCAGCACAAGGUCGUCGCCAUCGCUGGCAAAGACCUAGAUCGUGUCCACAGAUUGGCCACGCUCCACAACGUGAGCACAGCAUACGAAGGCUACGAUUCGAUAGCUAGUGACCCUAACGUAGACAUUGUUUUCGUCAGCGUGCUUAAUUUACAACAUUUCGAAAUAGCUAAAUUAAUGUUAGAAAAUGGUAAACACGUGUUAUGCGAAAAGCCCAUGGGCAUGACGUACAAACAGACGAAAUCUCUUGUGGAUUUGGCGCGCGAAAGGAAACUUUUCCUCCUAGAGGGGAUGUGGUCGAGGUUCUUCCCCGCUUACGAUGCUUUGGACAAGCACAUUGCGAGUGGUGGGCUUGGUGACAUAUAUCAAAUAAACAUACAAUUCGGGGUGGAAAUUAAUGACAUAGAAAGAAACUUAAUGAAAGAUUUGGGAGGCGGCGCAGUAUUAGACUUGGGCAUUUAUAUGUUGCAACUCUUGCAAUUUGUAUACAAGGAGCCACCGACAGAUAUCAUGUGUACGGGUCACUUGAGCAAGACGGGCGUAGACGAGUCAGUGUCAUGCGCAUUGAAGUAUAAGGACGGCAGGACCGCGACCAUAGCCGCGCACACGCGCUCAGCCAUGCCCAAUAAGGCAGAAAUAACUGGGACCAAAGGCACGAUUUUGCUGGACUAUUUCUGGUGUCCGACCGUAUUGCACAUAUCAGCCGCUAACAGCACAGAAUGGUCUCUACCGAAGGGCAAAUAUAAGUUCCAUUUCCACAAUAGCGCGGGACUGAGUUACGAGAUACAGGAAUGCUGGAACUGCAUCAAUCAGGGAUUACUGGAAAGCCCAAAAAUGAGUUUAGACGAAAGCGUUAUUUUGUCGAAGCUGAGUGACACCAUGCGAGCGCAACUGGGCGUACUCGAUAGUGCAUUUUAACCACCAGAUAUAGAGUUCAAAAAACAUUUAGCCAGUAUAGAAUAGUUUAGACUAAAUGCUUACAGUACACGAACAAAACGUCGGCAUAAUUAUCUUGUAUUAAUUAUAACAGUAUAUUUUUCCUAUAAAAUAGUAUUUACCUCAACCAACUGUGAUGAAAGUGUGUUGUGACACAUGUGAAUUAUAAUAUUUUAAAUAUAUACACGCUAAUUUAUUGUACUUA